AUGAAGCUGCUGACUGUGUCUGCACUUCUCUGUGCAAUGAUGGCUCUAACCAUGGCUGCUGCCAAGAGUCACCUGGUCAAGAGGUCCAAUGGCUGUCCUGAUGGUUGGACUCGCAACAGUGAUCGCUGCUUUCUCUUCGUUCCAACAGCCAUGAGUUGGGCUAGAGCUGAGAGACAUUGCUUGUCCAUGGGGGCAAACCUUGCAUCAGUGCACAGCAGCAGAGAGUACCAGAUGGUUCAGAGUCUGACUGCCCAUCAUGGCUACCCCCAAACUUGGAUUGGAGGGACUGAUGCACCCCAGGGGGGUAUUUGGUUGUGGAGUGAUGGGACCAGUUUUCAUUAUUCACCCUGGUGCCCAGGAGAGCCCAAUAAUGAUCGCAAUCAGCACUGUAUCCAGAUGAAUUAUGGAGGUUCCAAGUGCUGGGAUGAUGUGCAGUGUGAUGCUCAUCUGCCAUCUGUCUGCGCCAAGAAAGUCUAA